CUCGGUUUUAUAUAGGAUUGAAUUUUGGGAAAUUGGUGGCUAUGUCCCCCAGAAACAAUGUUUCAUUCAAUAAUGUCCCAAUUUUUGAAACUCAUUCAAAAACACCCCCUCUAAAACCUCCCUAUUGCCCGCGUAUCGCCCCUAUUUCACGUUGUUUUUUUGUCGUUCUGAUCUGAGCUCUCUCAAAUCAUCUUCUCUCUGGUCUUCUUCUCUUCUUCUUCCUUCUGCAAAACAUCAGAGAAAUCCACAUCAACCAUCGACCUCAUCUCGCCUAAUUCCCCUCUCUCCUCUCUCCUCUUUCUGCAUCUUGUGCGUUUCAUUGGUCUCUCGCUCUCACCCACAUCGGCGACGGCAACUGUCACCUCCUCAGAAACCCUGACCCACAUCAGCGACGGUGACCUCACCCUCUCUCUUUCGGCCGCCGUUCUCCACCUCCAUCUCUCACUCUCCAUCACCUCUUUCGACCGCCGUUCUUCCCUUCCGGUUCAACAAAUUUCUCAAUUUUCCUCAGCUUUCCUGAAAUCCAUAUACCAGAGAUGGCCUCAGCUUUUCUCCUUUACUUUCAUACCCACCUGUUAUUUGGUUUUCUUCUGCUUGUUUCAAUUUCAUAUCUGGUUUGGGAUUUUUGGUGCUAGUUAAAUUUGAGUGAGAUUGUACAUAAAUUUGUUGAAACAUAAAUUUGAAGCUUGAAGCUUGUCCAGGCUACAAUGAUUUUGAAGUUUUUAUUUUGCUUAUUGAAUUUUAUCACUGAGUUAGGUUUUUAUUCUGACAAAAAAACAAUUGAAUAAACACAGCUAUUUGGUUCAAUGGUCUCUUGGUUUUAUAGGAAUUUUUGAUUUAAUAUAAAGGAACAUUCGGGCCACUUGAAAGCGUUCUGCACCUUCAAGAAUCUAUUAUGACUACAGUCUUCAAGGUUGGUAUGUCAUGCCAAGGCUGUGUUGGUGCUGUGAAAAGGGUUCUUGGAAAACUUGAAGGCGUAGAAUCAUAUAACAUUGAUUUUGAUGCACAGAACGUGACGGUGAAAAGCAAUUUACCACCCGAGACAGUCCUUCAAACCGUUUCCAAAACUGGCAAGAAGACUGCCUAUUGGAGAGCAGAAGCACCAACAAAGCCUGAAGCAAAGCCUGUGGCUGCUGCGUAGUCUUGGCCUAUUUAAUGUGGACGUAGUCCUUUAAUAUGUCUUAAGUUUAUGAAAUUGGUAUGGUGUCCUGUAAACAAUCAAGUACUCGUUCAACUUUUCCCUUACC